GUCUAAGAUUUCAAAACAUAUAAAGCAUUGUGUUUUACACAUUGAAAUAUACUAAUGGAAGAAGAUUGAUGAUGAUUGAUUGAUACGUUAAAAAGAGUAGUGCAUAUGUUAAACCAAACCGUAAUUUAAUUUACAUCUGAUACCAAAGAAAACCUAUAAACCAGACCCAGACCGUGAGGGAAAAGAGUAAAACUCUCAUCAGCUGUCCUUGGAUCUGGUUGGGGUUUUAAUAGGGUUUAAGCUGCCAUGGCUUUCUGACCUUCUUCAUUUGGAAAUCCUCAGCGCUCUGAUUCGACAACUUAAUCAGGAGCGCUUCUUCUUACUCAAAGAAUUAGUCAGAAGCUGAUUUGUGAUCUGAGAUGGCGACAGAGCAAAGCGGAAUAGAAGACCAGGAGAUCCAGCCAAACCAAGUGUCCCCUGGUUUUGUAGGUGCAAUCGAAGAACGAUACAAGAAACUCAGAGAUCACGCCGAGGCUUAUCCAUACGUUUGGGGUUCUUAUACUGUUGUCUACGGCGGUCUUUUCCUUUGGACUGCUUAUAGGUGGAGGAAGCUUAGGAGAACCGAGGAUCGAGUUCGUGGUCUUCAGACUAAACUUAGAAAACUCGUCCAUGACGAACAAGCAGUAACAGCUUCUUCCAAAUCUGCUCAAUCAGUAGACAAGUCUUCUUCAGUUUCUGACAAGACAUCAUCAAUGCCUUAAUAAGUUACUAGUUUAUGAUCGAAACACAUUGUUUCUGUUAGACCUAUGACGAGAUCUGCUUUUUAUAUAAAGUCAAAUUCAUGCACAACCGAUUCAAUAUU